AUGUCUUCUUCUUCUUCUUCUUCUUCUUCUUCUUCAUUUGACGAUAAAAAGGGUAUGCAAAUUGCUCUUGAACAAGCUAAAAAAUCAUUUGCUGAAGGUGGUAUCCCCAUUGGCGGUUGCUUAAUCAAAUCAGAUGGUACUUUAUUAUCCACAGGACAUAACCAAAGAGUACAAAAAGGGUCAGCUAUAUUGCAUGGUGAGAUGUCAGUCUUGGAACAUGCUGGUAGAUUACCGGCAUCAACUUAUCGUGAUUGUACAAUGUACACUACGUUAUCGCCUUGCUCAAUGUGCACUGGUGCCAUAUUGCUAUAUGGAAUCAAGCGAGUCGUUGUUGGUGAAAACGAAACGUUCAUGGGUGGUGAAGCAUUGUUGAAGCAAAAUGGAGUUGAAGUUGUUAAUUUGGACGAUGAAGGGUGUAAAGAAAUUUUGCAAAAAUUUAUUAGUGAGAAGCCACAUUGUUGGAAUGAGGAUAUAGGUGUAUAA